UUGGUUUAAGGUUUCCUUUCGCGUCACUGCUUUAAAUUUCACGCUGAACAGAUGUGACUCAGCAAACCGUUGUUUAUCCAGGUUUGAUUUUUUGGGGUUAUUUUGGUGUUAUUUAAUGUUCAGCGGGGGCCAGGCGGAAGGAUCUACCUGUUCUUUGCAGAGAUUGGCAGCGGCGCAGUGAGAGGCAGGCAGACUGGCGGGCUCCUGUGGAUGCGGGCUCUUUUCUUACUUUUCGUCUGUGUAAACGAAGGGACUCUCGAUGGAUUCUCGUCGUGCUUCCGUUUUAUUUCACCCGUGAAAAGGGCACUGGCCUCCGCUGUUAUCUGGGAUUUAUUAGGCGAAUAUUUCCCGGGUGUGUUUUCAUAUUGUGGGAGCAGCAUGCUGCUCUCUAAGCUGGGCUCCUUCUCUCACAUCUCAUCCAGCAUGGAUCUGCCGGCGAAACUCCAGUUGCAGCAAGCCAAAGCCGAGAAGCAGCCCUUUGAGAAGCUGUACCGGCUGGGUUCGGUGGUCGGCAGCGGAGGUUUCGGUACAGUCUACUCGGCCGUCCGCCUCGCCGACGGGCUGCCGGUGGCGGUGAAGCAUGUGUGCAGGGACAGAGUGACCGAGUGGGGCUCUCUGUGUGGCGCAGUGGUUCCUCUGGAGAUUGUGCUCUUGAAGAAGGUGGGUGGGGUAUUUGGCGGCGUGGUGCGACUGUUGGACUGGUGGGAACGGCCGGACGGCUGGCUGAUGGUAAUGGAGCGUCCCGAGCCGGGGCAGGACCUGUUUGAUUACAUCACAGAGCGUGGUGCGCUGGACGAGGCGGCGGCGCGUGACUUCUUCCUGCAGGUGCUCGAGGCUGUGCGUCAUUGCUACAUCUGCGGCGUCGUCCACCGAGACAUCAAGGACGAGAACCUGCUGGUGGACCUGAGGACUGGACAGAUCAAACUCAUCGACUUCGGGUCAGGGGCCCUUCUCAAAGACACCGCCUACACUGAGUUCGAUGGUACGCGGGUGUAUAGUCCUCCGGAGUGGAUCCGCUUCCGCCGGUACCACGGCCGCUCGGCCACCGUCUGGUCCCUCGGCGUGCUGCUGUAUGACAUGGUGUGUGGCGACAUCCCCUUCGAACAGGACGAGGAGAUCCUGAGAGGGCGGGUCUACUUCAGACGAAAAAUCUCCUCAGAUUGCGAGCAUCUGAUUGGCUGGUGUCUGAGCCUGCAGCCGUCUGACCGGCCAACCCUGGAGCAGAUCCUACUCCACCCCUGGGUGACGGGCGGCAGCGGACAGCAGACAGACAACGGUGGCAUUACGCUCCAUGCCAUCACAGCAGACUCUUCUUCCUCCUCCUCCUCCAAGUGCUGGAGUGAGUGGCAGGUCACCGUUCAGGAUGAGGCUGACUCUGCUGCUCCACAGCACCCCCUCCUGUUCCCAGACGGUGGAGUAGCUCUCAUGGAGCCUCAACACCUGCGUUGUUCUCCGUCUGGUGUUCCUGUUUCAGAGUGCCUUGAGUUUGAAAGCUGCUGUGGGCAGAGCAUCGCCACGGUAACCCAACUACACAUCAGGAGUGGAGGUGUGGAUAGUUCUUCAGAGGUUUCUUUAGUUAAGUUCUAA